AUGUUUGAAAGACUCAAGAGUUUCCACGGAUUGAAAGAAGGUCCAUUUGUGGCAGGGACGUAUAAUGAUUUGGUUUUGUGCUCCGACCACAAAUAUUUUGCUCGUUCGUACUACAUAUGCAAUCCGCACACCUUGAGCUGGGUUGCGCUUCCUCCUGCCCCUGCCCGAAGCAACGAGAUUGCACACGUGGGAUUCGUCUGCGAUGUGCCCUACUAUAACUACGAGGAAGGCGAUAAGGAGGGACGACAUGUCGUGCAGCUUAAUGCUCAGUACAGGUGCAAGGUUGUUAGAAUUCUUCCUCCUAGUGAUGAGGAACUUACCUCCGAUAAGUUUAUAAUAGAGGUAUUCUCUUUUGAGACGGGAGAAUGGAGAGAGUCAUUAAUAUCAUGCCCGCGAAAACUUCAUCAUGUUAUGUUUGAUCGCUUUGGCUUUGCUUGCAACAGAAGGUUGUAUUGGUCAAAUCACGUUGAGGGCCGUCUUCUGGUUAUUGGGUUGGAUCUGUUCAACGACAAUAACAUCACUAUCACUAGUAAAGACAGCAGUGUUGAUGAUGAAUGUCGUUUCACUGUAUUUGAUAAGCCUAUGGAUAAACACUCCAUUCAGUGCUUAGGUGAUCAGUGUGGAGGGCGUCUGCAUAUGUAUGAGUUGGACAUUGUCAGGAGAACUUUGUAUGUUUGGGAGUUGAAAGAAGAAGAUAAUCAAGGAGAUGGGAAAUUGUGUUUGAGUGAACACAGGGUUUGUUCCUUGGACCCCGAAAUGUACCACAAUAAUGCGUAUCCACUUAUAAUGGCAAGUGUGGACCCGAAUAACAAGGAUGUUUGGUAUCUGCGUGUGAAUGAAGAUGUUGUUAUGUGCAACAUUCAAACAAGGGAGUGGUCAAUGAUAGCUGAAAAGAGUGAAAUUAUUACGAGUAUAUACUUCUUCCCGUAUGUGCUGCCGUGGUGGCCGACACCUGUUCCUAGACUACCACAGCAGCGUGCUAAUCAGCUAGCCCGUGGAGAGGAAUUAGCCGCGAGCUAG